AUGAACCUGGUGCUCCUGGCCUUCAGGCUGAUGUGCCUGGCCUGGCUGUGGCCUGUCACACUGCUCAACGGCAGCCAACGACCCAACAAGAGGAGGCACAAGGACGUGUACCUUGGGGAGAACACCAAGAACCAACAUGGAGGACGAAUAGACUUUAAGAUGAAAAAGUCUGACAGCACCAAGUCCCUGCUUAUUAAAUCUGAACAGCUGCUCCGUAUCGAGGACCAUGACUUUGCAAUGCGGCCUGGCUUUGGAGGGGCAGCUAUUCCUGUGGGCAUAGACGUGCAGGUGGAGAGCAUUGACAGUAUAUCUGAAGUCAACAUGGACUUCACCAUGACUCUGUACCUGAGACACUACUGGCAGGACGACCGGCUGGCAUUCCCUUCCAGCAGCAACAGGAGCCGGACAUUUGACGCUCGGCUGGUGAAGAAGAUCUGGGUGCCGGACGUGUUCUUUGUCCACUCCAAACGUUCUUUCAUCCAUGACACGACCAUGGAGAACAUCAUGCUGAGGGUGUACCCUGACGGCAACAUUCUCUACAGUGUCAGGAUCACUGUAACUGCUCUUUGCGCCAUGGACUUCAGUAGUUUUCCGUUGGACACACAGAAUUGCUCUCUGGAACUGGAGAGCUACGCGUACAAUGAGAACGACCUCAUGCUCUACUGGAAGAACGGGAACGAUUCAUUAAGGACUGACGAGAUCGUGCUCUCGCAGUUUUUUAUUGAAGAAUUUCACCCUUCCUUCGGGCUUGCCUUCUACAGCAGCACGGGCUGGUAUAACAGGCUCUACAUAAACUUCAUCCUCAGGCGGCACAUCUUCUUCUUCAUGCUGCAGACCUAUUUCCCCACCAUGCUGAUGGUGAUGCUCUCCUGGGUGUCCUUCUGGAUUGACAGGAGGGCUGUGCCCGCCCGGGUCUCUCUGGGCAUCACCACAGUUCUGACCAUGUCCACCAUCAUCACAGGCGUGUCAGCCUCCAUGCCCCAGGUCUCUUAUGUGAAAGCGGUAGACAUCUACCUGUGGGCCAGCUUCCUGUUUGUCUUCCUGUCCGUCAUCGAGUACGCCACCGUCAACUACUUCACCACUGUGGAGGAGAUGAAGAAGCUCAAGGGGGGAAAGAUCCCUGCCAAUUUCAAUGCCACUCAAACUAUGGCCUUUGACGGCUGUUACCAUGACAAUGACAUUGACCUGAUGCCAUUCCCAGAGCUGCCCAGCACCCCCAACACAGAGCGGAGUCGGACGGCCACAUUGAGGAACUCGAGGAACUCUGCUGCAGAGCCCCCACCCACGGAGGGCACCAGGCUACGACGCAAAAAAUCCAUCAAACACAACCUCAGCUUCAUCAUGAGUAACAGCUACAUGAUCGACUCCUACUCCAGAGUCAUCUUCCCCAUGACCUACCUGCUGUUCAACAUCACCUACUGGAGCUUGUACUCCAGUAGGUGA